AUGUCGGCUCGGAGACGUGUUCUUGUUGCUGUCCAAAUUCUUUUAUAUUUGGUCAACGAAAGCCAGGGUUUGGCCAGAAUUGACCCUCUCGUUGAGACCGAGCUGGGCCUGAUCAAGGGUCUGAGGGCGAACGAUGGGGACUACGCCAUGUUCUUGGGUAUACCUUUUGGAAAAGUCAACGCUAGCAAUCCUUUUGGGGACGCAACAGCAUAUGGUAAAUUUGAUGGCGUAUUAGAAGCUUACGACGAUUCGGCGAUAUGCCCUCAAAUUGACGAAGCCACUGGCGUCUACAUUGGCACCAUAGAUUGUCUACAUCUCAACGUAUACGUUCCCGCUUCAGCGACAUCAAAGAACCCUGUCCCGGUCAUGGUUUACAUCUACGGGGGCAGUUUCAGACAUGGCGAUUUCGGAAGACAUGUCUAUGGUCCCAAAUUCUUGGUAAAGCACGAUGUUAUUUUGGUCACGUUGAAUUACAGGCUUGGCCCGUACGGUUUCAUGUGUCUGGACAUUCCUGAAGUGCCGGGCAAUCAGGGCUUCAAAGAUCAGCUCCUAGCUUUGAAAUGGGUCAAAGAGCACAUCCAUAAUUUCGGGGGCGACAGCAACAAGAUCACGGUUUCUGGCGAAAGCGCUGGUGCUAUCGCUGUGGACUUCCACCUGAUGUAUAAUAAAGAGAAGCUUUUCCAUAAGGCCAUCAUACAGAGCGGGACAACCCUGUCGCCAGUCUUUUACGAGCCUUCGAGAAACGCACCAAUUUUGAUAGCCGAAAAACUGGGGUACAUCACCGAUGAUUUAAACGCUGCCAUUGCUUUCUUAGCCCAAGUCGACCCCAGUUUGGUCAUAGCUGCCGUUUUCGAUUUGGGCAUCGAACUGAACGUAAGGCCAUGCGUCGAAAAAAGCUUCGAAGGCGUCGAAAGUUUCAUUGACCAGAACUGGAUCACCGCGGACGUACGUAACGCUAGGGACGUGCAAGUAUUGAUAGGUUUUAAUGAGCACGAAAGACUCAUUAUACACGCGAGCGGCGAUGACGAUUACUUUAGAAAUCUUAACGUUGUCGAAACCAAGCUAUUCGACGCGUUCGACGUUGACAAUGACAAGUUCAACGGAAUGAAAGACAUUGUACAGCACUUUUACUUUGGAGACGAUGAGGUGACCAUCGAAUCAAAACUCGACGUGGUCAAUUUCGAUUCCGACAUUAUGUACAACCAUCCAUCGUACCGAAGCAUUGAUAGAUUCAUUGAACACAAUUCGGGCGAUAUCUUCCUUUAUCUGUUUUCUUAUGUCGGAGGGAGGAAUUACGUCAGAGUCAGAGAUAACAUUACCGUGGGAGGUGCCGUGCACGCUGACGAGUUGGGUUACCUUUUCGAUAUGUCGUAUCUGAACAUCGAAACUCAUGAUGCUGACGACGUCAGAAUGGUCGAUGUGAUGACGACCUUGUGGACUAAUUUCGUUAAAUACGGAAACCCUACGCCGGAAGUUACAGAACUAAUACCGGUAAAAUGGACUCCGAUUGUUGACACUAAAACGAAACCUUUCCUAAACUUGGGCAAGGAGCUCACUGUGGGCUCUAGACCUUUUAGUGAGAGAAUGGCCUUCUGGGAUUUAUUCUACAAGGCCAACAAGGAGCUGCAAAGGGCGUAUCCCGGGGAAAACAUCUGA